ACCAAAACCGCUGCUGCUCUACUGACGAUUCUUGCCCGUCACUCCAUCACUGCAUGCUGCUGCCAUUCAGAUUAAAUUGUGAGAAGAUUGAGAGAAGAUGUCCAAGAGAGCAGCCGAGGUUCAAUUAACGCAGGACAAUGUGGAUGAUCUAGAUGAAGUUACAGAUGAGCCUGGUAUAUUCGAAGUGGCAUCAGAGGAGCAACUGAAGCAACGAGUGAUCAAAAAAGCAAGGCGCAUUAAUCCACUUGAAGACAGCACAUCCGCGGGACCGUCGAUAUUUGCAGGGCUGAAGUCAUUUCAAUCGUCCACCCUAGAGAGGAAGCCACUCACUGCUGCUCUCAUGGUCUCCCCACCUGUAAGAGCCACUGCACCCGUUAAGACCACACCGUUUCUAACUCACCUCAAGUCCCUGAAUGAAAGUGUGACCAAGUGGAUCAAUGAGCAUGUCAACAGCAACCCUCAUAUUGACCUUACACCAAUCUUUAAGGACUACAAAUCCCAUCUCUCAGAUAUCGAAUCAAAGUACAAGAACACCUCUGAAGCUGAUGACAAUCAAGGGUCAGAGUACAAAGUCUCGGAAACGGAAGCAAACGAAACUGAAGCUCCCACUUCAGCUACUGAUCAAGAGUCUCAAGAGUCACAGGAGGAGUCUACACAGGAUGAGAGUCAGGAGGAUGCCCCUGCCCAAACUGCCCCUAACGAUGACGAUAGUUUGAUGUCCGUUAGAGCUAAACUAUUCUACAAGAAGGGGGCAGAGUAUUGCGAGCUUGGUGUGGGGACACUCAAGAUUCAAACGUCUGGGGACAAAGCUGUACGUCUGUUGCUGAGGAACGAUACAAGUGUUGGAAAAGUGAUAUUGAACAUUCGUAUUACCAACGGCAUUCCUGUAUCGAGCAAAGGAAACAACGUGUUUAUGGUGUGUAUGGCCAACCCCCCUCUUACAAAGAACCCUGACGAUUCUCCAAUUAGCUACCUCAUUCGUGUCAAGACUGCUCAAUUGGCUGAGAAGAUACUCACUACAAUGAAGGACAAUAUCAACUAACUCCUUUACACGACUAUAUAUAUAUAUAUAUAACGUUUAUUUUGUACAUUUUCCCUUGUACAAUGUGUAGGCCUUUUGUAGAUUAUGCUGGGAUGCAUGAUUAUUUAUUAUUAUGAAGAUGUAAUUGUUAACGAGA